CCUCCGGCCCAUCUUUCAUCAGGAUUUGUUUACAAAGAUGUCUGCACACGUGGGUGAUGCGAGUUCAUCAUCUUCAGAAGAUGAGGGUGAAAAUCAGCGGUUAAUGGAUGCUGUUUGGGAACAUAAUAGUAGAGAUGGAGUUCAAGGCAGAAUAUUUGAGACAAACGAGGCAAGAAGUAAAACUAGUGCCGGAGAGAUCAUAUCAUCCAAAGUCAAGAAACCGAGUGUCAGGGAGAUGAUUUAUCAUGAUGCUCCGGAACAAUUUGGAGAAGAUUAUAAAAGUUUGAAAACUACACCAGAAUUCAGGAGCUAUUUGGCCAAGAAGUUAUCAAGUGUUUUAGAUGAACAACUCAAGAUGACCAAGUCAAAAAAGGAGAGGAUAUUUGAUGAUGAUAAAUCCAGAAGAAAUGAAGAGGAUACAUUACGGUUAUUUUCUUCAUCAUGCUGUGCACCUGAUCUCAACCCCUGUGAGCCUGAACCUCCAAAGAAGAGAAAAAGACCCAGGCUUGGACGUAACACCAAAAAGUUAAACAACAACAUUGAUGAUGACAGUGAUUCAGAUGUUCAGGAACAGAGAUUACUUGAAGCGGCCGUAUCUGGACACGAUGUCUUAAGCUUCUCAGCAUUAGCAUCUUAUGAUCAUAAGCCUCAAGAAGGACAGAAUAGCAGCAGCGAUAGCGACCACACUGAUUCCCAUAUAGCUGAUGAUCCCAUUGAAACUCGCACUGCGCUUAAACAGUCAGAGCGUGGAGAUGGUAGUUUUUCAGAUAUAAAUGUUAAAAAGAAGAAAAGGGGAAAGAAAAAGAUGGAUACAAGUAGAAUUCAUGCUGAUGAUACAACUGGGACUGCAUCCAAACAGACAGAAAAUGGAGACGAUGAAUGUUCUUAUGCAAAUGUUGAAAAGAAGAAAAAGAGAAAGAAGACGAAUACAAUUGAUGGUCAUGGUGAUGAUAAAACUAGGACUGCAAUCAAACAAGGAGAGCAUGGAGAUGGCCAAUUUUCUCAUGGAAAUGUUGAAAACGUGGAAAGGACAAAGACAGACAGUGCUGAUACAAGUGAAUUUCAUGAGGAUAAUACUGAGGAUGCGAAAAGAAUGAACUGUUUUGCCGAAAUUGUACGAUCCUCAGAACUUUCUAAGAAGACAGAUGCUCAUGACUUGUCUGUGGAGAUUGGUAGGAAGAAGAAAAAGAAGAAGAAAAAGAGAAUGGAUACAAGUACAAGUAAUAAUAAUGAUCCUUGAUAUGUCUAAGACUUAGUUCAGUUAGUUGCUCACUUAAUUUCACAUUCAUAAACUUAUAUGUUAACAUUGUGUUAUGCCAUUACUUCAAUUGCUUGAAUUAUCUUUGUUGUUUGAAUGUCUUUGUCCUGUUUGUGUAUUAUCAUGAAUAAUGUAAUCAAGAAAGUUAUCAAUUAAAAUCUCUUUCUAAUCCAGCUAUAUCUGCCACUGGCAAAUGUUGCUUAAGUUAAGGCUAAUACCUGCCAAACCACUUUUCGAGAAUGGAAUGAGGAAACAUUUUCAGGAUGUAUUCUUUGAAUGCUAUUUUCUGAUAAGCAAACACUAAAUUUUCAAGUGUUUUGAAGGCAUCUUUUUGAAAAAUAAACAAAAAUAUUACCUCUAAGUCUAAUUAAUCAAAAACUUCAAACUUUCAUAAAGAAUUAGUCAGUGCAAAGCACAUUAAAUGUUGAGAUCGAAAUGUCAGAAUAACCAAUUAUCGGUGUUGGUGUAGUCUAGAAUUUCCAGUGGUUAUUACAAAGAAAGUCAUAUGAAAGGCAAGGAACUUUGGAAACUGAUUUAAAUAAAAACUAGUCACUGUAUGGUUUGAACUCUAUUCUUAAUUUCAAAUCAUCCUGAUUACUCGAUAUCAGUACAUUAAAGAGCGAGGGCAUAUAGCAGCAAAUUUGAUAUUUUUCUGUAAUGUCUUAAAGAGUUGACUAUAUUUUUCUUUGAAGUUUUGAUCAUGAUUAAAAUCAUAUCUAUGAAUGAUUACUUUUACCUGUAGUUAUUCAUUUUAUGUGUGCAUGCCAAUAUGUAAGGAAGAAAAGAGAGGGAAUGGUUUAUGUGGAUGAUUCAACAUUUUCAUUCUGACAACUUAAAGUAAGGUAUCAAGGAGAGCUUAUGUGGGAGUGAGAAUAGCGAUGGUAACAAAUUUUUUGAUAUUUUUUUUGGGGGGAUAGGGUAUAAAAAAGCAGGAUUUUUAAAAAGUUGUGUUUUCCUAAUUUUGUCUGGUUUUAACUAAGUUUAUUCCAAGAGAGUGGGGGGAUACAAAGGUGUAAGGUAAAGGUU